AUGCUUCCGCUGCUCGUCUCCCCGCUAGCGCGCGCGGAAUCCGCGCUUCUCCGCCGCCCUGCGCCUCCCCCUGCGACCGGCGCGCCCGCGGCCGACCAGGAUGUGAUAUGGGAGCUCCACGGUGACAGGUGGCGGCGCCUGAUUGGCGGAGACAGCAGCAGCAGCAGCAGCGCAAGCAGCAAUAGGGGGAAGGGCCAGCUAAGGGUGGAAGUUGAAUUGGAAGGCGAGGAAGCUGCUAACGCGUACGAGGAGGAACACGGACGCGUUGUAAAGGGGAUCGUUACAAGCACGGGGAAUGGCAAUGGGAAGGCCGCAGGGGGUAGGGUUUUAGCGGGGGAGGAGGAUGAGCGGAGCAGAGGGGGGGAUAUGGUUGCGCGGGUGGUGAGGGGAGUGAAAGCGGCGGUGGUGAGAUGGAUGUUACCAGAGGGUUAUCCCGAUAGUGUGACUCCUGACUAUAUGGAGUACACAGUGUGGCGCAUGCGGCAAACAGUGGCGAGCGAAAUGAACCACGUGCUUACAACGCAGGUGAGACGCGUUUCUAUCCUUCCUUCUCUCUCUUCUCUCAAACGGUCCUUCGUGGUAAAGGACGGGCUGGGCUAUGCAGCCGAGGUCACGCCCUCCCAGUUCAACAUGUUGCAUCCCUUCCCCCCUCGAACGGUCCUUGCAUUAAUCACGCUGGUGCAGCUGUCCCUCGCUAAGAGGGACGAUGGGGCCCUGCAUGCCGAGCUCGUCCGCUGCCAAGGCCUCGUUGUCACAGUCACGUCACACAACCACACUCUCUCCCUCUCUUUCCCCCCUCUCUUCCCUCUCUCCCUCCCUCCCUUUCUCUCUUCCCUCUCUCGCUUCCCUCCCUCUCUUCCCUCUCUCCCUCCCUUUCUCUCUUCCCUCUCUCACUUCCCUCCCUCUCUUCCCUCUCUCUUCCCUCUCUCGCUUCCCUCCCUCUCUUCCCUCUCUCCCUCCCUUUCUCUCUUCCCUCUCUCGCUUCCCUCCCUCUCUUCCCUCUCUCCCUCUCUUCCCUCUCUCUCUCUCUCUUUCUCUCUUCCCUCUCUCGCUUCCCUCCCUCUCUUCCCUCUCUCCCUUCCUUUCUCUCUUCCCUCUCUCGCUUCCCUCCCUCUCUUCCCUCUCUCCCUCCCUUUCUCUCUUCCCUCUCUCGCUUCCCUCCCUCUCUUCCCUCUCUCCCUCCUGCAGGCAAUGCUGUACGCGGUGGGGCUGGGAAAAGGCGCCAUCCCAGCAGCAGCCGCGGUCAACUGGGCAAUGCUGUACGCAGUGGGGCUGGGCAAGGGCGCCAUCCCAGCAGCAGCCGCGGUCAACUGGGUCCUAAAAGACGGGCUGGGCUACGCUGCAAAAGUCACGCUCUCCCAGUUCGGCCGCCAUUUCGACGUCUCCCCCAAGCGCUCGCGCCUGCUCUCCGACCUCUUUGAGAACCUCUCCGCCUCCCUCGAGCUCCUCACAGCCACCUUCCCGCAGUACUUCGUCCAGCUGGCCGCUGCAGCCGGGGCAGGGUUCUCUGCUUCCAGCCUCGUGCAGAGCGCCACGAGAAACCGGUUCUACGCCGGGCUGGCAGGCAGAAGAAAUUUCGCCGAGAAUCUCUCCGCUUCCCUCGAGCUCCUCACGGCCACCUUCCCGCAGUACUUCGUUCAGCUGGCCGCCGCUGCCGGGGCGGGGUUCUCUGCCUCGAGCCUCGUGCAGAGUGCCAUGAGAAACCGGUUUUAUGCCGGGCUGGCAGGCAGAAGAAACUUUGCCGAGGUGCUAGCACGUGCAGAGGCACAGGGCAUGGUCUUGGCGCGGGCAGAGGCACAAGGCAUGGUGAGCAAGACAUUGGGGAUGGCUCUAGGCAUCGCCAUUGCUCCUCACGUAGGCACCAGGGGUCCUCUGCUGUGGCUGAUCCACGCAUGCCCUGCUGUCCGGCCCACCCAUGUGAUUGUACUUCACUUUCUGCUCCUCCCCUUCCUCUCCCCACAGGUGCUAGCACGCGCAGAGGCACAGGGCAUGGUGCUAGCACGCGCAGAGGCACAGGGCAUGGUGAGCAAGACAUUGGGGAUGGCACUAGGCAUCGUCGUUGCUCCUCACGUGGGCACCCGGGGCCCUCUACUGUGGGCAACUCAUGGCCUGCUGUCCGCCGCCCACCUGUUUUGCAACUACCGCUCGUACAAGGCCGUUCAACUCAGGACGCUCAACCCCUUCAGAGCAGAUAUUGUCCUGGCAGAGUACGUGGCCAAUGGCAGGGUGCCAGGUGUCAUCGAAGCGUCCCCUCCACCUCUCCCCGGCACAGGUAGCGAGAACUGGAUUGAGUUCGGAGUGCCCUUGGCAAGUAGGCAGCAGUGGCUCACACAGACAGACGUCUCAACACUCCCUUACUCCCAUUCCACCCGAACCCCCUCCCCUCCUCCCCUUUCCAGGCCUCUCCCCCUCCUCGUCCAGGCACAGGCAGCGUCUCCUCCACCCCUUCCCGGCACAGGGAGUGAGAACUGGAUCGAAUUUGGGGUGCCCUUGGCCGCAGUGGCGCACACAGAGCGGGAGGCUGAGACCAUGGCUGAUAUAUUCCGAGGAGAGAAGUACCUGCUUGGGCGGGACGAGCGUACGGGGCAGAUGCAGUGGGAGGAGGCAGAGGCGGUGGCUGGGAUGGGAUAUGCCGAGGAGAGAAGUACCUCCUUUGACAGGACGAGCGUAGUGUUGAAGGAGGGGGCCCUCCCAAAGGACUUCCUCCGAGCGGCCCUACUAGCCGCCUACCUCCGCACGCUCUCUCCACACGUCCUCUGCCCCACCAUCCACUCUUUCUACCCACCAUCCAUGCAGGUAGUGUUGAAGGAAGGAGCAGUCCCUCGGGACUUCCUCAGAGCGGCCCUGCAAGCCGCCUACCUCCGCACUCUAUCUCCACACGUCCUCUGCCCCACCAUUCAUUCCCUCGCCCCCCAAGCGCGCACCCACGUCCAAGCCCGCGCCGCCGAGUUUUCCUCCUUGGGGAAGCAGAUCAAGGUAGUGUUGAAGGAGGGGGCACUCCCAAGGGAUUUCCUCAGAGCGGCCCUGCAAGCCGCCUACCUCCGCACCCUCUCUCCACACGUCCUCUGCCCCACCAUCCACUCUCUCGCACCCCAAGCGCGCACCCACGUCCAAGCCCGCGCAGCCGAAUUCGCUUCCUUGGGGAAGCUAGAGGUGCUGCAUGCUUCGUAUGACCGCAUGGCUGCGGGGUUUGAUGGGUUGUGUGAGGCGCUGAGAGCGAAUGGGUGGCGCUGUGACGAUGGCUUGUUGGCUCGGCCAGGAGACUGGCGACUGCUGCUGGCACCUGAGGAGAAGAGGAAAUGA